AUCUCACUAAGCAGCAACACACGCCACCACACGCCGUUUUACAGAGAGAGAAAAAUCCACCAAUUAAACAAAAACAAUAAUUUUCUUAACAAAAUUAUUAACAAAAUCAACAGAGCAAAAACAAAGAGAAGCUGUAAUCAAUUAGUAUCGGAUAAUUAUGUUGCGGGUUGCAGCUAGAAGGCUCUCUUCUCUCUGUUCAACGCAGCCGUCGUGGAGACCGGCCGCUGCGUCGGCGAUCGGGACGCGGAAUCCAAUCAACGGCGGUGAUUCAUCGGAUGCUUCUUUUAAAUCUAAGGCCUUUGAUGAUCAUUAUCUUGCUUUCCAUUCUCAAUUUCACAUCCCCAGUAGAGGUUUCUCUUCGGGGUCGCUCGCACCAAAACAUGAAGAUGGCUUAAUGACAGAUGUUCCAGCAACAGUGGCGGCAGUUAAGAAUCCCACUUCAAAGAUAGUUUAUGAUGAGUACAAUCAUGAGCGUUUUCCUCCAGGUGACCCUAGCAAGCGGGCAUUUGCCUAUUUUGUCCUUACUGGUGGCAGGUUUGUGUAUGCUUCACUGAUCCGGCUUCUUAUCCUCAAGCUGGUGCUGAGUAUGUCUGCCAGUAAGGAUGUUCUGGCGCUGGCUUCUUUGGAAGUUGAUCUCUCAAGCAUUGAGCCAGGCACCACUGUGACAGUUAAGUGGCGUGGAAAGCCAGUCUUUAUUAGGCGCCGAACAGAAGAUGACCUUAAGCUGGCAAAUAGCGUUGAUUUGGCAUCUCUUCGCGACCCACAGCCAGAUGCAGAUAGGGUCAAGAAUCCUGAAUGGCUAAUUGUUAUCGGGGUGUGCACACAUUUGGGUUGCAUUCCCUUGCCAAAUGCUGGAGAUUUUGGCGGCUGGUUUUGCCCAUGCCAUGGUUCGCAUUAUGAUAUCUCCGGAAGGAUUCGCAAGGGUCCGGCUCCAUACAACCUGGAAGUGCCUACUUACACCUUUUUGGAGGAGAACAAGUUAAUGAUCGGCUGAGGUUUAUACUUUGAUGAACCAUGUUCUUUGAAUAGUUUAUUUUUUCCUUAUUUUUACUCAGAUAAUGCCGAAGAGUUGGUUCCUAUCUUGCUUUGUGCUUUCAUAGACUUGAGAUAUGUUUAUUUUCUUAGGGAUAUCAUGCAACUUGAUAAUUGUAACUGUUGUUGUUCGGAGUUGCUCUAGAUUCUGAAUAAGUUGUCUUCAUUAAGCAUGAAUGCUCUUUUGAAACCUAAACCUGAUGUUGGUUUCAGGAUAGUUCUAUUAUUUACUCAUCUUAUUAUUUAAAUCAAAUAUAUUUUGUGGGUA